AUGGAUGCUUUGCCCAUUCAGGAAUUGGUGGAAUGGGAACACAAGAGCAAAGUGGACGGAAAAAUGCAUGCUUGUGGCCACGAUGCACAUGUUGCCAUGCUUCUUGAUUUCUCUAAGACAGUCAAUGAAGUCCACCCAAGCUUGAGUGAUCACUCCUUUGCUCAUUCCAAGAACUCUCAGGUCCUGGCUCUUAAAGGAUCUUAUCAUGGUGAUACUUUGGGUGCUAUGGAAGCACAAGCACCAUCAUCUUACACAGGCUUCCUCCAACAACCAUGUUUCCUAGGCCAUGGAAGUGAUUCUAACGAAGCUACUCCUAGUGGUAAAAGUUGA